UCUAGUGAGUCCGUGACUCGCGAGGGGCUUGGGAGAUGGCGUCCAUGCCGUGCUGCAUCUCCCACGAGUUCUAUCGUGUAGCUUCCGAGAACACCGACCGCGUCGCCGCCGUCCGUGCUUCCGGCGGUCUUCGUGUCUGCAAGGACGCGUUGGAAUGUCUUCUGGAGGUGCCGGAGCGCUUCGACUUUGAGAGUCGCCAUGCUUCGUCGUCCUUCCCGCCGGUGUAUCCCGGCGAUGAGUGCUCCUCCUUUGCCGAUGUACUCUGUGCUGUUUGUUCGUUGAGCUGGCGAAUCCGCACCGUUCUUGAUGGUGGAGAUGACCCCGAUCUCGUUCGUUCUCAAGGCUUUUCUCAUGGUGAUCAGACACUCUCCAGUUCUGUUUCUAACAAUGAUACAAAGAGCUCUUCAACGGAGACAAAUGGAACGCCUUUGACAAAUGGGAUUCCACAAAUAAUAGGAGUUUUCAUUGCCCCUUCGAUUGAGUACAUUGUUGCUGUUCUGUCAAUCUUGAGGUGUGGUGAGGCUUUCUUGCCAUUGGACCCUUCUUGGCCUGAAGAAAGAUUACUACAUGUUAUCUCUUCAUCAAAAACUGUUAUCAUUCUCAAGGACAAGCCUUCUUGUUCAACUGAGGUUGAUAUGAUAUUGCACAAAGGUGGAUGUUCGGUUAUGUAUGUGUCCAUGGAAGCAAGCCUCAAGGAGAAUGGUGCAUGUGAUUUAGAUUGGCCUUGUGAGAGAAAGAUCCCAAGAAGGUUUUGUUAUUUAAUGUACACGUCAGGGUCAACUGGAAAACCAAAGGGUGUUUGUGGUACAGAGAGAGGUCUUCUAAAUCGCUUUUGGUGGAUGCAACAAAGGAUGCCUCUAGUUGAAGACGAUGUUCUAUUGUUCAAGACACCUAACAGUUUCAUUGACCACCUACAGGAAUUUCUCAGCUCUGUCUUAACUUGCACCACCCUCAUCAUUCCUCCUUUUGAAGAGCUAAAGGCCAAUCCUCUCCUUAUAGUCAACUUCCUCAAGGCGUAUCAUAUUACAAGAUUGACUUCUGUGCCCUCUUUAAUGACGGCAGUCCUUCCUUAUAUGGAGAAUUCACGAUGGAUGAAAAUUCAUAAAUCAUUAAAACUGCUGGUUCUUAGUGGUGAAGUUCUAUUCAUAUCAUUGUGGAAAUCAUUGCACAAUCUAUUACCAGGGACUACCAUCUUAAAUUUGUAUGGAAGCACAGAGGUGUCUGGUGACUGCACAUACUUUGACUGCUGUAGAUUACCACAGAUUUUAGAUCUUGAGCUGCUAAGCAGUGUGCCUAUAGGAGUUCCUUUAUCUAAUUGUGAGAUUGCUCUUGUUGGUAAAUUAAAUGAACCAAAUGUAGGUGAAAUCUAUGUUGGUGGGACAUGCUUAAUGGUGGGAUACCUUUCCGAGAUUAAUCACGGGCAUCCUUAUGAAGCUGAUGAUUUUUCACAUUUUAGAACUGGUGACUUUGCUAAACGUCUGCAAAGUGGUGAUUUAAUUUUAUUGGGUAGAAAAGAUCGUGUUGUGAAAGUGAAUGGACAGCUUGUCGCUUUAGAAGAGAUUGAAAACACCCUUCGUGAGCACCCUGCUGUAAAUGAGGCUGCAGCUACGUUGUAUAGGACUCCCAAUGAUGUCUCCCAUCUUGUUUCAUAUAUUGUGCUAAAGAGUACCAAGGUACUUUCAGAAACAAACACAUCUUAUGUAGAUGAGAGCCAUAACAAGGAGUUAGUUGCAUCUAUCAAGAGUUGGAUGGUCGGAAAGGUUCCUCCAGCAAUGGUACCUAGCUAUUAUUUCAUUAUUGACUCAUUGCCUACAACUUCCACUGGUAAAGUAGAUUAUGCUAUGCUGCCAAGUUUGCCAAGUAUUGCAAGAUGGGAUUUUGGGGAUGUGAGGAGCUAUAAUAGUCAAUUGCAAAUGAUUAAAGAGGCAUUUUCUGAAGCGUUGCUGGUCAAGGAAGUUAAGGACCAAGAUGAUUUCUUUGCGAUGGGUGGUAAUUCCAUUGCUGCUGCGCAUGCUGCACAUAGGUUAGCAAUUGAUAUGAGGUUGCUAUAUAUGUUUCCUAGUCCAGAAAAGCUUCUAAACUCUUUACUUAACAAGAAAGAUUUGAUUCAAUCUUCUGUAAGACACGACACUGACUCUGCAAAAAGAGUCAAGUUACAUGGGAACAUAUGGAGCCCUUCCUUUGGUACUACAAUCAGUUUGCAAAGUAAUGGCAAAUUUGAAGAGCAACUUCGGGUGCACACUGGAGUGAGCGUUGAUAAUCUCCCUUUGAAAGUUAAUGCUCAUCCACCAAUAAGAAACAUCAAAGGGAGCAACUAUGAAUCUUCUGGUAGACAUUGUCCUGUGACAAUAGUUUCUCACCUAUCCCAAACUUCAGUUGUUACUAAUGCAGAUGAUAGCUUUCGGUGGAUUUCAAAUACUAAUUUACCAGCAAUAUGUUGUUUUAGUCGUAGUAACCGAUUCAUGCAUGAGGGCCAGCCUAACCAAAAUUAUGUGCAGAAGAAAUACUUUUAUGGUAGAACUCAAAAGGGACAUAUGCAAGAGCUGUGGAAAGUCCCAUUGAACUCAUGUGUUGAUGCUUCAUCAUUAAUUGUGUUCCAGGAUGGCAGGGUUUACCUAUUUAUUGGAUCUCACUCACAUAUAUUUCUUUGUAUUGAUGCUUUAAGUGGUUUAGUUCAAUGGGAGGUCAUGCUUGGUGGUCGUAUUGAAUGUUCAGCAGCAAUUACUAGUGAUUUUUCUCAGGUUGUUGUUGGGUGUUAUAAAGGAAAAGUAUACUUUCUCGAGUAUAUGAGUGGCAACAUUAUUUGGUCAUUUCAAACAGAUGGAGAGGUUAAAAUGCAGCCAGUUGUUGACAGAGAUAGAAAUUUGAUAUGGUGUGGCUCAUAUGACCAUUUCUUGUAUGCACUUGACUACAAGGAGCACUUUUGUGUCUACAAAAUCUCAUGUGGAGGUAGCAUUUAUGGUUCACCAUCUAUAGACAUGGUACAUAAAAUAAUUUAUGUGGCAUCUACCAGUGGCCGUGUGACUGCUAUAUCUUUGGCGGAUGCUCAAUUCAAAGUCGCUUGGAGAUAUGAAACUGGAUCCCCAAUUUUUGGGUCACUUUGCCUAGACACCCAUGGAAAUGUCAUAUGCUGUCUAGUGGAUGGUCAUGUAAAUGUAUUGGAUUCAGGAGGCAAUGUUAUCUGGAAGGCUAUUGUUGGUGGUCCAAUAUUUGCUGGAGCUUGUGUUUCUCCUGCCCUUCCUUCUCAGGUGUUGAUAUGCUGUCGAAAUGGCAUCCUUUAUUCCUUUGAUAUGGAAGCAGGAACUUUGCUAUGGGAAUAUGAAUCCAGUGAUCCGAUUACAGCCUCAGCUUACAUUGAUGAGCAAAUUUGUCUGGCAUCGGAACAGUCAAGUUCAUGUGAGCGGUUAGCUUGCAUUUGCAGUUGCACUGGGAAAGUGCACGUGCUCAAGAUCAGUUCGGAUAUUGAGGGCAAAAGGUUUAAUCAGUCCAGAGAUUUAGGAAGGCCACUGGUGCAGGAAUUUGCUGUUAUGAACCUCCCAGGGGAUGUAUUCUCCUCACCUGUGAUGAUUGGCGGCCGUAUCUUUGUUGGCUGCAGGGAUGAUUAUGUGCACUGCCUUAAUGUUGUCUUCUGAUCUCAUCUUGCUGUUAAAAUGUUUUGCGGCAGGUUUUCUGAAUGGUUAUCAGGCAUCAGAAUAUCUCUGAGGUUGGCUAGGUACACACGUGCAUGCAAUCGAUAGCAGCUGUGGUCAAGGGAAUGUGAAUGAACCACCGAUCUGAGAAUUAUUAGGAUCAGAAGGAUUAAUGGCCUCCCAGAGCAGUGAAAUACCG